AUGACCACUGUCCCCGUCAUCGACCGGCUCGGCCAGAUCUACACCGAGGAUGCGGUGCCCGCCCAGACGACGCGAUGGCAGCAUCUGCUGGCAACGUUCCGGGAAAGACACGGCCGAGAGGCCGCGUUUGUGGCGCGCAGUCCGGGGCGGGUGAAUGUCAUUGGCGAGCACAUUGACUACUCGCUGUACAGCGUGCUGCCGAUGGCGAUUACGGGGGACUGCAUCAUUGCGGUGGGCAUGAGCGAGGACAAGAACAAGGACAGCAGCGAGCAAAGCGAGGAUACAAAAUGGACGGUGGAGAUCAGCAACGUGCUGCCCAAGUUUGCGGCCCAGACGUUUACGUUUGCGGCGGACGACGAGGUGGCCAUUGACGCGAGCGUGCACGAGUGGACCAACUACUUCAAGUCGGGGCUGCGGGGCGCUCUGGCGCUGCUGCGCACGAAGCGGGCGGCGGCCGGCCUGCCGCCGCUGCGUCCGCGCAGCCUGCAGGUGGUGCUGGACGGGACGGUGCCGGUGGGCGGCGGGCUGAGCUCGAGCGCGGCGUUUACGAGCUGCAGCGCGCUGGCGGUGCUGGCGGCCAACGACUACGACAACAAGAACAAAAUUGACAAGACGGCGCUGACGGAGCUGGCGAUUGUCAGCGAGCGCAGCGUGGGCGUCAACUCGGGCGGCAUGGACCAGGCGGCGUCGGUGUUUGCGGAGCGCGGGGCGGCGCUGUUUGUGAGCUUUGCGCCGACGCUGACGGCGCGCCCCGUCUUCUUCCCGGCGGCGGCGUCGCCCGAGACCGAGCUCUGCUUCUUGAUUGCCCAGUCCUUUGUGGCCGCCGACAAGUUUGUGACGGGCCCCAUCCACUACAACCUGCGCGUCGUCGAGUGCACCCUGGCGGCGGCCGUGCUCAACGCCCGCCUCAACCCGCCCGGCAUGCGCCUGCCCGGCGACAGCGCGCCCCUCGGCAUCAGCCUGCACGGGUUCCACGAGACGUACUUUGCGCUUCAGGAGCAGGGCGGCGUGCCAAACACGCCGCGGUCGCCCAAGGCGCAGCUGCAGGCCCUCGUCGCGCUGGUCGACAAGCAUUUGGCCUCCGAGCAGGGGUACACGCGCGAGGAGAUUGCGGCGACGCUCGGCGUGACGGUGGCUUCGCUCGAAACGGACUAUAUGAGCACGUUCCCCGUGCGCGCCGAGCGCUUCAAGCUGCGGCAGCGCGCCCUGCACGUCUUCAGCGAGGCGCUGCGGGUGCUCGACUUUAUGGAGGUGCUGGAGGCCGCGCGUGGCGCGGCCGGCCACGGCAUUGUGGAUGCGUCCACGUCGGCGACGCUGGGCGCCCUGCUCAACGCCACCCAAGACAGCUGCCGCGACCUCUACGAGUGCAGCUGUCCCGAGCUCGACGACCUGUGCGCGAUUGCGCGCCGCGCCGGCAGCCUCGGCAGCCGCGUGACGGGCGCCGGCUGGGGCGGGUGCAGCGUGCACCUGGUGCCGGCGAACAAGGUGGACGCCGUCCGCAAGGCGUGGGACGACGAGUACUACAGCAAGCGGCCCGAGCUGACAGACGAGCAGCGGGCGGCCGCCGUGGUGCUGAGCCGGCCGGGCAGCGGGAGUGCCCUUUACGUGGGGCGUGGUGUGAACUGA